AUGAACCUCAUCGGGGGCUACCAGCAUCACCACCACCACCUGAUGCACGAACCCUUCCCGUUCGUCCAGCGGUGUCACCAGGAUGCGCCGUACUUCCAGAGCUGGGUGGUGAACCACGGCGAGGUGCCACCGGACUUCCAGAUCCAGGCGCCCUACCCGGCCGUGGAGCUCGGAGCGCCCGGAGCGACGCACGACGCCCGUCUGGAGGGGCUCCAAGCGGGGAUGGGGAAGAGGAGAACGUCGGGGCCGAAGAAGGAGCGCAGGCGGACGGAGAGCAUCAACACAGCUUUUGCCGAGCUGAGGGAGUGUAUCCCCAACGUCCCGGCGGACACAAAACUAUCUAAAAUUAAAACUUUACGCCUGGCGACCAGUUACAUCGCCUACCUGAUGGACGUCUUGGCCAAAGACUCUGGGGAGACGGAGGGCUUUAAGGCCGAAAUUAAGAAAUUUGAAAACCGGGAUCUGAAAAGGAAACGGGAACAGACUGACGGCCUGCAGGAGUCAUUAGGAGCCGAGAAGAAGGUGAAGGGCCGGACCGGGUGGCCGCAGCAGGUCUGGGCUCUGGAGCUCAACCAGUGACCCUUCCUCCUCCUCCUCCUCCUCCCCCACUAAAGAAAAAAAAACCUCCUCAGAGACUCUGGAUUCAAAUCAGAUAA